CUAUAUGUGCGCUCCGUGGAUCUUUCCAAUAAACCAUGCUGGAUUCAUCGCGUUAUUCGACUGCCGUCGGGACACUUCUGGACAACAAUUCCUAGACGCAGACCUGCUUAUGAUUAUGAUUUCUCCGGGCUUUGGUUGCAGACUUUGACGUUGACAACAUGAAAUAACCAAAGUGACGUUGUGGUAUCUUGUAAAGCUCUGAGAUGAUCUACCGGCGGCCACCCUGGCACACGUCUGAGUGAUGAAGGCCUCUGACACAUUGCUCAUCCUCUUCCUCCUUCACAGGACUCUGUGUGUGUCAGGGAGGACUGUGAAGGAUACAGUUGAGGAAUGGAACCGCUACAGGAAGGAAUGUCUGCUCCACAUGAGUACGGAACCCAGACCCAAAGGAGUGUUUUGUGGUCGUAUGUUUGACAUGUACGCCUGCUGGUCAGAUGGGAAGCCAAACUCUACAGUCAAAGUGCCCUGUCCCUGGUACCUGCCCUGGUACAACCAAGUGCGUAAUGGCUUUGUGUUGCGGGAAUGCGGACCUGAUGGUCAGUGGACAACCAGCAACUUCAGCCACACCUGGAGGGAUAAUUCUCAGUGCAAAACUGACAACAGACAACAGGAAGCUCAGAAGAAGCAGAUGCUGAUCUUAGCCUACUUCAAAGUCAUGUACACAGUGGGUUACUGUGUUAGUCUGACCAGCCUCUCACUGGCUCUGAUUAUUCUGCUGUUCUUCAGGAAGCUGCACUGCACCAGAAACUACAUCCACACCAACCUGUUUGCAUCGUUCAUUCUGCGAGCUGUUUCCAUCCUGAGCAGAGACGCUCUGCUGAGCAGAGACACUCCGGAGUUCAGAGACAACAGGGACAUCUUGGAAGUGCUCAAUGAUCAGGCAGUGUCUGGCUGCCGCGUGGCUCAGGUGCUGAUGCAGUACUGUGUGGGAGCCAACUACUACUGGCUGCUGGUGGAAGGCCUGUAUCUCCACAACCUGCUGGGGAUGAUGGUAUUCUCCGGAAACCGCUAUUUCUGUGGAUACCUUCUCAUUGGCUGGGGCACCCCAGUGUUAUUUGUAGUUCCUUGGGUUAUUGUACGUUACCUGUUUGAAAACACAAGGUGUUGGGAGGUAAACGAGAAAAUGGCGCACUGGUGGAUAAUACGCACUCCCAUCCUGAUCGCCAUUCUGGUGAACUUCUUCAUCUUUAUUCGCAUCAUCCAGAUUAUUGUAUCCAAACUGAAAGCCCAUCAGAUGAGAUACUCCGACUACAAAUUCAGACUGGCCAAAUCAACCCUGACCCUGAUCCCUCUGCUGGGGAUCCAUGAAGUGGUCUUUGCAGUGUUGACAGAGGAACACACGGAUGGCAUCCUACCCACCAUCAACCUCUUUUUCCAACUCUUCUUCAACUCUUUCCAAGGUUUAUUCGUAGCCAUCCUCUACUGUUUUGUCAACAUGGAGGUGCAGGCAGAGAUAAAGAAGAAAUGGCAGAGGUGGAAGCUGGGGAUGACUGACCUGGAUGACCUGAGGAACACUGGCAGCAACACGCCACAGGUUGGUGCCAGCAUGCCACCAUGUAACCAGUACCCCCAUCCGUCUCCAUGCCAUGCUCCCACCCAUUGCCAAGAGGACAGCUGCCUCUCCGCUCCACCCCACCCCUCUACUCCUCCUCACCCCUACACCCACCACCAGGACCAGCUGGGAGCCAGACAGCUGAAGACCUACUGCUACAUCCCUGCUCAUACUCAGGGUGGAGGAGGAGGAGGAAAUGAGGAAAAGUCUUGCGAAAGCUGCUGCUGAAAAGUCAAGAUGGCCUUCAGCAAAAUAAAGAAAUUCCAGUGAUUAGUGCGUCCAAGGAAUCAGACUCACGAUUGCUCUGUUCCGCCGAAAAUUCUGCCGGAUUUCACUGUUUUCGGCCGGAUGUCCGUCACCUUCCGCUUUCUUUGUGUUGGCAUU